ACCGAUGCAGUGAGAAAGUAAAAGUAACGCAUUGCUCAUCAAAUUUUAGUAAAAAGAAAACAAACAUUGACAGGCAGACAAUAUUGACCGUCGGCUUCGGUAAAGAGAAACGAAAGAGAAAGAGUACAAAAAGUAACCAAUCGUUUACUCGUCUCAUGUUCAUAGAUAACGGUAAGCGUUUCUUUUUGCGAUCGCACGUUUUGACGACAGUUAUCCAUACAUAUUGGCAUAGCUGACACACAAUGGUAGCGCAGGCACGCGAACACACUACUCGCUCGCAAGUCAUUCCGUUAGUCGGCUACUGAGGCGGCUUCACUUUCCAUCAUCAAGCAUCUCGGUCAUCGAAAAAUCGAAAAAAUAUUAAGUCUUAUCUGUGAACGCAUCGCAACUUGACGUUGGUUUUGGCGGGAAAACUGUCUACAAAUAUGAGAGGCUUUUUAAUUCUAUUGACGUUGUGCUUGGUGUUUUCAUCAUGUGAAAUGAAGAGGAAAAAGGUGAGGGAUUACCCAACGGAGAAGCAGUUGACUUUGCAAAGAAAGGAAACGACGCCCGUGGACUUUACUAGGCUACUGGUGAUGAGGGUUGUGUACGGAGUGGCGAAGAUGAUGGGUUUCCAAGAGCAAGUUGGUAAUGUGUUGAAUGGUGCUCUUGUUCCACCGGGAGCCGAUGAUGAUGACGAUGAUGACUUUUUCGGUGAUGAUGAUGAUGACGAUGGUAUCUUUGGUGGUGAUGACGAUUACUAGUAACUUGGAACAGGAGUUUAUGUGUUUGCCUUUGAUAAUUGUGUUUAUAGCCUGCAAAUAUUAUUUAGUACU